AUGCUGGAGAAUGGCUCCUUAAGGAACUGCUGCGGGCCGGGCGGGCGCGGGGGCUUCGGCUUCUCCCGGCGUGGGGAGGAAGGGGAGGACGAGGCGGCUUUGGCAGCCGCGGCGGCGGCGGCGGCAACGGCUGGGGCAGACCCGCGGCCCGGCUGGGUGGUCACCACGCUGUCCAGCGUGCUGAUCUUCACCACCGUGGUGGAUCUGGUGGGCAACCUGCUGGUCAUUAUCUCGGUGUUCAAGAACCGCAAGCUCAGGAACUCAGGUAAUGCGUUUGUGGUGAGCCUGGCAUUGGCGGACAUAGUGGUGGCCUUGUACCCUUAUCCGUUAGUGCUCAUAGCCAUUUUCCAGAAUGGCUGGUCCUUGGGGGAUACGCACUGCAAAAUAAGUGGCUUUGUGAUGGGGCUGAGCGUCAUAGGCUCCAUCUUCAACAUCACUGCCAUUGCAAUAAACCGAUACUGCUAUAUAUGCCACAGUUUUGCAUACGACAAAGUGUACAGCUGGUGGAACACCAUGCUGUACGUCUGCCUGAUCUGGGUACUGACAGUGGUCGCCACCGUGCCCAAUUUCUUUGUGGGCUCUCUCAAGUAUGACCAGCGCGUCUAUUCUUGCACAUUCACCCAGACGGCGAGUUCCUAUUAUACAAUCGCCGUCGUCGUCAUUCAUUUCAUCGUGCCGAUCACCAUUGUGAGCUUCUGCUACCUGCGGAUCUGGAUCCUGGUGAUCCAAGUGAGGAGGAGAGUCAAAUCGGAAAUCAAGCCGAGGCUGAAGCCCAGCGACUUCAGGAACUUCCUCACCAUGUUUGUCGUCUUUGUGAUCUUUGCCUUUUGCUGGGCACCGCUGAACUUCAUUGGAUUGGCGGUAGCCAUUAAUCCCUUGGAGAUAGCCCCCAAAGUUCCCGAGUGGUUGUUUGUGAUGAGCUACUUCAUGGCCUACUUCAACAGUUGCCUUAACGCAAUAAUCUAUGGACUUCUGAACCAAAACUUCCGAAAGGAAUAUAAACGAAUCCUCAUGUCACUGUGGAUGCCAAGGCUGUUUUUUCAGGACACUUCCAAAGGGGGGACCGAAGCUCAGAAGAGCAAGCCUUCUCCUGCUUUAAAUAAUAAUGACCAAAUCAAAACUGAUACCUUGUAAAUACACAAAAGUGAGUGCAGAAAGUGCCAUUUGGUGAAAACAAAAGUAAUGGGGAUAAGGCUAUCGAUGGCUACCAGUCAUAAUGGCUAUGUAUUAUCUCCAGUAUCAAUGGCAGUUAUUGCCUCUCAAUACCAGUCACUGGAGAACAUG